UAAUGCGGAGAAAGGCGUACGAAUGUGAUUCUAGGAAAGACUGCAGCCUCGAACGGAACCUCUUUUUUUCUAACGCUGCCCAGGUCCUUUUCCUUUUAACACCAAUCCCUCUCUUCUUCCCCUCCUUAAAAAAAUCCACUCCCCCACAACUGUCCCCACCCCAGAUUCCCGAGCAAUUUUCCCCCAAUCCCAAACACUUAAUUGAGCAAUUGGGUUUCCUCACGUGUCGGUUGAUUUGUAGUUUGAACACGUGGCUCAUUAAAAAAAAACGGAAUAGAAGCGGAUUUUUUUCCCUCCCCUUCUUCUUCUUCGUCGCUUCUUCUUCUCCUUGGUUGUAGUCGACCCAGAGGCGGGUGCCUGCCUGAGCGUGUGUGACAUUGUCCGUCUCUUCGGAGGAAGACACAAAGUAGUUUCGCCUCCUUUUUUCCCUUCCCUACCCAGCCCAUCGUCGUUUGGAAGAGCGUGCAAGAUUAAUAAUUAAGCUUUUAUUUAUUGCGUGGCGAAAGAGAGAGGGGCGCGGGAGCGCGAAGCCACUACGAGGCUGCCAGUUUAAAUCUAUCGGUUCAUUCCGUAGUGCACUAAACGCGGGGUUUCUUUUCUUUUUUUUGUUUUUUCUUUCUUUUUGUUUGUUUUGAGGCAACUCCAAACGCGGCACAGUCGCUAUCUGAGCCGUUGGGUGGUUCUUUUUGUUUGUUUUUUUGUUGUUGUUGGUUGUGAACAUGAAUAAGCUAUAUAUUGGCAACGUGAGCGCCGAGGCCAGCGAAGAGGACUUCGAAACUAUCUUUGAGACGUGGAACAUUCCCCACAGUGGUCCAUUUCUGGUCAAAACCGGCUAUGCCUUCGUGGACUGCCCUGACGAGAAGACCGCAAUGAAGGCCAUCGAUGUUCUUUCAGGUAAAGUUGAACUCCAUGGGAAACUUCUCGAUGUGGAACACUCUGUGCCAAAACGUCAAAGGAGCUGUAAACUGCAGAUCAGGAACAUCCCGCCUGACAUGCGGUGGGAGGCCCUGGAUGGCAUCCUGGCCCAGUAUGGUGCUGUAGAAUGCUGUGAACAAGUCAACACUGACACGGAGAAUGCGGUUGUCAAUGUUCGAUAUGCAGCCAAGGACCAGGCCAGGCAGGCCAUCGAGAAGCUCAACGGCUCCAUGAUGGAGAACUGCGCUUUGAAGGUGUCUUACAUCCCGGAUGAGACCGCCGCGCCAGAAGGUCCUCCGGCGGCCGGUCGGAGAGGUUUCAACGCCCGCGGACCGCCUCGCUCGGGCUCGCCGAGCCUCGGCGCCCGGCCCAAAGUGCAGUCGGACAUCCCGCUGCGCAUGCUGGUCCCCACGCAGUUCGUCGGGGCCAUCAUCGGCAAGGAGGGCGCCACCAUCCGCAACGUCACCAAACAGACCCACUCGAAGAUUGACAUUCACCGGAAAGAGAACGCAGGCGCCGCCGAGAAGCCCAUCACCAUUCACUCCACGGCGGAAGGUUGUUCGAACGCCUGCCGAACGCUCAUGGAGAUCAUGCAGAAGGAAGCACUCGACACCAAGUUUACUGAGGAGAUCCCACUAAAGGUUCUAGUCCACAACACCUUUGUCGGAAGAUUAAUCGGCAAGGAAGGACGAAACCUGAAGAAAAUCGAGCAGGACACGGGGACCAAAAUCACAAUCUCGCCUCUUCAGGACCUGACCCUGUACAACCCGGAGCGGACCAUCACCGUGAAGGGCUCCAUCGAGGCAUGCGCCAGAGCAGAGGAGGAAGUGAUGAAGAAGAUCCGAGAGUCGUACGAGAGCGACAUGGCUGCCAUGAACCUCCAGUCGAACCUGAUUCCAGGCUUGAACUUGAACGCUCUCGGUUUGUUCCCCAGCGGCACGCCCGGAAUGGGCCCAUCCAUGUCCCACGUCCCCCCUCCCGGACCCGGCGGCCCGGCAUUCGGAUGCAGUCCUUAUGGGGGCGAGGGUCCAUUUUGGGCUCCUGUGAUGUCGGCGAGCAGCCAGCCCCUCGCCGGACACCCGGAGUCGGAGACGGUCCACCUGUUCAUCCCCGCGCUUGCCGUGGGAGCCAUCAUUGGGAAACAGGGUCAACACAUCAAGCAGCUGUCGCAUUUUGCCGGCGCCUCCAUCAAAAUCGCCCCCGCGGAAGGAAUGGAUCCCAAACAGAGGAUGGUUAUUAUCGUCGGACCACCAGAGGCUCAGUUUAAGGCUCAGUGUCGCAUCUUUGGCAAACUGAAAGAGGAGAACUUCUUCGGCCCGAAGGAGGAGGUGAAACUCGAGGCCCACAUCAAGGUGCCCUCCGUCGCUGCCGGACGAGUCAUCGGAAAGGGUGGCAAAACGGUAAACGAGUUACAGAACCUGACCUGCGCCGAAGUGGUGGUGCCCAGGGACCAGACCCCCGACGAGAACGACCAGGUCAUCGUCAAAAUCAGCGGACACUUCUUUGCCUGUCAGCUGGCCCAAAGGAAGAUUCAGGAGAUCUUGGCUCAGGUGAGAAGACAGCAGCAGCCCAAGCCGGCGCCCGGAGUUCAGCCUCCGCUGCCCCGCAGGAAGUAAUGUGCCAGCGUGCGCUGGAGGAAAACGGUGACUGAAGCUGCCUGACUCAUGAAGACGGUUGGCGGGACGAAUGCAGCGGAGUCCGGGGGGGGGGGGGGGGGGGAUUUGACGACAAGGUGUUACGAACGCUCUUCUCAGGGGUCAAAGGUUAUUUGAAGCCUACCAAAACAUCCAGCCCCUCCGCGCCUCACUUGAACGUUCAAGUGUGGCUAAGAGAUGCCCCGCCCCCAUUCCCCAUCCCCCCUUACUUCUCCUCCUCUUACUCCUCUUCUCUAAACCGCCACCAACCUCACCUCUCUGCAUCACUGUAGGAAUGUAUCGGAGGGCCCCCGUCGACGUCACCUUGCCCUCACAUGUACGCACCCUUCGACCGCUCUCCUCCUCCCCCAAAGGGCGUGUCUCUUUUUUUCUCCUCCCCCUAUUUUUGUGGUCAGUUUAACUUUUUUUUUUUUUUUUUUUUAAACUUGCAACACAAAGAAGAAAUGAAGAUCCCCCUCCUAUCGCCUCUUUGGUGUGGUAGUUCAAACCCGACAAAGAUGUUUUGGUUGACUCUGGAUUUGGUUGAUACUUUUCAGUGUUUAAUUGGUGAAUGAAGCUUUCUCAUGAGUUAAAAAAAAAAGGCAUUGCUCUUACGGUCCUGGUGGGGACCGCCAGAGGUUUUUUUUUUUGGGGGGGGGGGUUGUUUCAAAUUGGUAGGGCCACGUUUAGGGGAAAGAUUGUCUGAGGCCAGGACCCCCCUGAAGGGGUUGAAUAUAAUCUGGGUGUCCUGCCCGUCUAAUGAUGGUGGCAUUUUAUAAAUUCGGAUGCAUUUUAUAGAUAGUCCUAAAUAGAUUAUUAUAUAUAUAUAAAAAUACCUAGAUAAACACACACCGUAUAUCUAUAAAUAGAUAUAUAUAUUUAGAGGUGCGGGCAGCGCCGUGACUGACACUUUGGGAAAUGGUGCUGAAAUGCUGCUGCCCAGGAAAACCAGUUUAAUAUGCAUUUUACUUAACUACCUCAGGAUCUAGUACCUCAGAAGAGACAAAAAAAAUAUUAUAUAUACAGUAUAUAUAUAUAAAACUAUAGAGGAAAAAAAAAAUGUUCCUUUUUUUUAUUUUUGCUUUUGUGGUAUUUUGUAUACUUUAUAAAGCUGAUAGUCUUUGAACAUUUUUAUUUUUUUAAGAAAAAAAAAUGUAAACUUUUUGGUCGGCUGCCAACUGACCCUUGCCUUCAACUCUAGUGCUUUACGGUGGCAUUGUACAUGUGUGUGAGUGACUAAAGAUGACCCUGUACAUAACGUCUAUUUGUACAUAGCAGCCCCAGAGCCGGAGUUGGCACGCCUCAGCUGGCGGCUGACACGAGUAUCCAGAGAGAAUCGCCUCAGUUUUUCCCCUGAGGGUCCAGCCAUCUUUUUUUUUUUUUUGGAAAGAAAAUUACAAAACACCAUGUGACUCAAUGCCAACCGUACAUGAUUACAGCAAUGCAAUUUAGUUUUGGGGUUGACUUUAUCCGGAAUGGUACUUUAAUUUGUCCAUUAAAUUCAAUUCCUUUCUGUGGUCCGGGUUAGAUAGAGCAGGGUGGACUCCGAACGCUUCUGCGCCCAUCAAGGCCCGAACCCGACCAGCUUAGCAAACAUAAGUCUACGUGAACGUCGAUCACUGCAUGGUGAAGGUAGGGGGAGUCGCACUGAUGGAUGCGCGGUGGGUUUUUUUUGUUUGUUUUGUUUUUUUGCUACAGCGAAACAUGAUUUGAACGUUUUUGUGACCCGCGCAAGUGUAACUUUGUUUUAUUGACACAGACUGACUUAGGAGGGAUAAGAAGUACAAACCCUGACUCGGGGGGUGGGCGGGGGGAAAUCUCAUUUGUGUCAUGCCGAAUGUAAAUAUGUUGAUUGUGGUAGAAGUUGAGUGUAUCCAUGCUUCCACAGUAGAACGCCGUCUACCUCAGCUAAAGGGGGCGGGGUAGGGGCUGUUGUGCCACCGAGCGCGCCCCCCGCCCCCUCCCUGCCCCCACUGAGCGCCAGCGCGCACGUAUACCUCAGCCCCGCCCCCCCACCCCCUUUUCCAGAACACUUUCUUUUCUUACCACCCCACACCGGCGCGCCAUCUUAACAUCACGCUUAACUGAGUGGCACAAGUGAUACUUAAAAUGACCCCCCCCCCUCUGACCUCCCCUCCACGCCCACCCCGCCCUCCCUUUUCUCCGCAGUUUGUUUUGAUCUACCUCUUUAGACAAGUAUUUGAAGUAGAGGCAUUCUGUUUGUUAGAAUUUAAUCAAAUACAAAUCGUAUACUCUUUAGAAUUGUGCAAAUUUAUGGCAAGUGAUCAAAAAAAUUUGUUUUCAGUAUUUAUAUGUACUCUUUUUGGCUUAAUUGAACUCCUCCAACCAUCACCAUGACUUUCUGCUUUCUCUUUUUGGUGGUGUGGCUUCCUUGUAUUUGAACUUUUUGCUGUUUUGAGUGGGGUGGGGGAAGGUCAAAUCACCUGUUUUGAUUUAGCUUUCAAUAGUUGAUGACAAAAUGCAGUUGUUGUUUUUCAUUUUAAAGGGCCUGCCUUUUUUCUAAUUUGUAAGACUACAAAAUAGAUACAAGUCCUGUCUUGUUUCCUUUGUCUUUCACAAAUGCUACUCAAUUGCUGAUUUUUUUUUCUUCUCUCUCUUGGUAGCCAUUUCUUUCUGUUAGCAUUUCGUGGCUGUGUAACAUUCUACUAUGGGACUGAAUUCAGGGUUUGGGGUCCCCCUUUUAUUUGGGAGAGUGAUCUAACUACAGCAUGAACCCACCCCCUUGACCCCCCCCCGUCUGCAAACAUGCUUGUGCCCCUACACCUCCCCCUCACACAGUUCCACUUGUCAAAUGCCUCUGAAUAAAGGACAAAAAAAUUA